AUGCUGCUAUUUGUGCAUUUGUGCGUCGCGGUGUUUACACCCUGGAUGAUGAUUCCAUGGAAUAUUCCAGCGCGUUUUCAACAUGUUAGAGGCUAUUUCAGAAAAUUUCAAAUAUACCAUCUGAUUCGUCUCGUCGAGAAGAACCAGGAAAACUGUUCACUUUUCUCAGAAACAUUUUCUGAAAAAAGUUAGAGGCUGACAAUUGAACUCUGAAAAAUCAAAGGCGCAUACAUUUUUUAAAAAGCGAUGGUCUCGCAGCGAUUUUAGAUUUUUCACGUUUUUACGUGUGAACGCUGUGUUUUUGAGACAUCUAACCUAGAUAAUCUUAGAGAAGAGAUAAAAUUACAGAGGUAAGUGUAAUUGAACAUUUUUCUAGUUUCUCUAGAACUUGACACGCGGUGUCACCAACUUCUCAAAUAUUUUUAUGACGUCAUUUCUCGUUCCGUCCAAUUCUAUUCAUGAAAGUUAGCGUUUUGUAAUUUUCAGAUAUACAAAAUGAUUCCACUUCAACGACUUAAACUAAAUCCACCAUCCAAAAUGUCUUGGAUUGAUAUUCCUUUCAAAGUUCGCGAAAUUAUUAUCGAUAAAAUGGAUGCAAAAACUCGCUGUUUAUUUUCAAGAUGCUCAAAAAUAUGCAAUGAAGAAGCAAAGAAAUCGAAGUUUUAUCUCUAUGGAUUGGCAGUUUGUGAAGAUCAGUAUUAUCCAGUAUUGUUAAAAAUUAUGUAUGACGAAUCUGGUAAUGGAUAUUGGUUCGAGUUCGUACGAGCCAACACAUCUCAAACAAUUGUAGUUUACAGAUGGUAAGAAGAUUUAUGAUUUAUUUUGAUUUUAAUCUUAAAAUACCAAUUUUCAGCUCAAACGCUGGAAAAAACACGGUUAUGUGGACAACUCUUGAAAAUGGAAACAAUGAUGAAGUAACAUUGAGAUAUUUGAGAAACUAUUUGGAAAUCUAUAAAAAACAAAUUCAAUUUUUUGAAUUUGAUGUGAGUUCUAUUCAAUUUUCUGAAUUUGAUGUGAGUUUUAUUCAAUUUUUAUUUCAUAGAUUUAUAUUAUUUGUUUCAGUCUUCAGAAAGUUUGGAUUUCACAUUGAGACAUCUGGAAAAUCUAAAGAAAAUUAAAAUUAACGAUAAGCCUGAAGAAUGGAGAAAUCUCAAUGAUAUCCCAUUUGUUGAUAAACAUCAGGUUAGUAAAAAUCUCGAUUUCGAAAAUCUAAAAUAUUAUUUUAUUGUUUAUUUCCAGAUUUUGAAUCUCGAAGCAAUUGAUCUACCAGAUGACUUCACAUUCAAAUCAAAUGAUUUAUUUGAUUUUAAAGGGAAAAAUGCAUCUGUUUUUAUCGAUGAUUUCGACAAAGAUAAUUGUGAACAAUACUUGAGAAUGUUGAAAUUUGGAGAAAUUACUGUAGAUAUUAUCAAAAUUUAUGCUCCAGCUCUAGAAAGAACGGUUUUUAGCAACAUAGUGUCAGAAUAUGCAAUAAAUGAGGACAAUUUGAUCUCUUUCGAUUUUUGUUCCGAUUAUCGAAAAUAUUCAGUAUCAUUUGACGAAGGUGUAUUGAAUAUUCGAAGUGAGUUUUUUUCAAAUAAAAUGUUAAAUAACAAACAUUUUCUAGCAAUCGAAGUGUUCAAAAAUGAGGUGGAUCAAUGCAUUUUCUGGAAUAAAUUACCUUGGCAUAUUCAAGAAAAUGCAAUUUAUCAAAUGGAUCCAAAAAGUAGAUGUCGAUUUGCACAAUGUUCAAAAUAUUCCGAAAAAGAAGCCAAACGAUCAAAGAAUUAUUUGUACAAAAUUGGAGUAUACAAAAAUCUCGAAUGGGAUACGGAGUUGCACUUUGCAUUCAGCGAGAAUUCAGAGAAAGAUUUUUGGUUUGAAUUUAUGAGUGAUUAUGAAAAUGACAAUCAAACUAUUGUUUUGUAUAAAACUUGGAAAAAUGGUGAACAAUUUAUAAAAUGGACAAAGGUUGAGAAUGGUAAACCAAGAGAAGUACGAUUGAAAUAUUUGAAAGAAUAUUUAUCAAAAUAUGCAAAAGUUAUCAGAUAUUUUCAUUUUGAAGUUAGUUUAUCUUUUUUCUAUUGACAAGAUUUAUAAAUUGAAUAAUUUUACAGGACGAAACGAUUCUUCUUCGUGAAUUCAAAGCCAAUCUCAACAAAUUGAGAAAUCUCGAGAAAAUUUAUGUCACGGAUAAUACGGAGAAGUUUCCAGAUUAUUUGAAACUCGGUUAUCUGGAUUGGGAAGUGGUAAGAUUAUAUUAGACAAAAACAAUUCAAUAAUUAUUUUUCAAACCAGAUUCGUAGAUGCAAACACGUCUUUCUUCACACUGAUUCUGUUUUAUCCUUCGAACAACUUCUUGAAUUGGAUAUUGAGACGGCAGAAUUUAUAUGUGUUGACAUGCAAGAAAUGGAUAAUUUCAAAAACUAUUUGAAUAUGCUGAAAAACGGAAAAAUUCACGAAAACUUGAAAGAAAUUCGAUUCAAGUUUACAAAUGAGGAAAAGAUGGAUAUCCACGAAAUCGGCCCUUUGUUGAGAAUCGAGGAAACUCCUAUAACUCUGAAAUUUAGUUUAAAAUCAAAUGUCAAAGAAAAUGGAAUUAUUGAAGUUUUCCAGCAAUUUGGAGACGAUGAAUAUUAUAUUUCAAUUAAAUGUUAUGAAGAAUCACAAGUAUAGUUUCAUUGUCAUGUUUUUUUUUUCGAAUAUUUUUAUCAAUGAAGUUUACUGUGUUUUUUUCAAGAAAUUUGCAAAGACUGAUAUGUUGCGUAGUUCAUCAUUAUUUUUUCUAGAAUUCUAGAAUAGUCCCUUCAAAUUUUUGUUCAGAUUUUUGAAAUGUUGCCGGUAAAACGACUUCGACCAAUUUCAUCUUUAGAAAUCACUUGGAUUGACAUUCCUUUUAAAGUUCGCGAAAUUAUCAUAGAUAAAAUGGAUUCAAAAACUAGAUGUUUAUUUUCAAGAUGCUCAAAAAUAUGCAAUGAAGAAGCAAAAAAAUCGAAAUUCUAUAUUUAUGGAUUAGAUGUUUGUGAAGAUCACGAUGAUCGUGAAACAGAAGUUUUGAAAAUACAGUUUGACGAAUCUGGAAAUGGAUAUUGGUUCGAUUUUUUGUAUCCAGAUAGUUUGCAUACAAUUGUAGCUUACAGAUGGUAGGAUUUCCUUGUAAAUUUCAAAAAGAAAACAUUCAAGUUUUUUGCAGCUUCAAAUCUGGAAAGGAAACUGCGAUGUGGACAACUUUUGAGAAUGGUUUUUGUGAUAAUAUGAGAAGUCGAUAUGCUAGAAUUUAUUUGGAAAAAUAUCAAAAACAAGUUCAAUUUUUCAGAUUCAGUGUGAGAUUUUUCUGACGUCAUUCAAAAAUUAAUUUUAAAUAUUUGUUUUAGUGUAAGAAAAGUUUCGAUUUCACAUUGAUGCAUUUGGAAAAUUUGAAAAAGAUUCAAAUAGUUCAGAUUCCUGAUGAAUGGAGAAGACUCAAAGAUAUUAAAUUCAUUUAUAGACGUCAGGUUGGUUUAGGUCUGAAAAUUUGAAAAAUUAAAAAUGUAUGUAAUUUUCAGCUUUUGAACAUUGAUACAAUUGAACUUCCAUCUAAAAUCGGAUUCACUUCGAUGGAUUUAUUUGAUUUCAAAGGGAAAAACGCCUCUGUUUCGAUUGAUGAUUUCAACAAAGAAAAUUUCAAAAAAUACCUGGAGAUGCUGAAAACUGGAGAGAUUUCUGUGAAUUCUUUAAAAAUUGUUGCGAAACGUUUGUACUAUAUGGAUUUUGAAAUUAUUGGAAAAUAUUUGGGAGUAUCAAAUUAUACGGAAAAGAAAUAUGGGUUUCAAUCUUUUGAUUUUAAUUCAGAUGCUAGAAAAUAUUUGGUAUCCUUUGAAAAAGGAAUAUUGAAAAUUGAGAGUGAGUUGUUUAUUUGUUUUGGAAAGAUUUUUUUAACCCAUGAUUUUAUAGCAAUUGAAGUCUUCAAAAAGAAAGUGGAUCAAUUCAUUUUCUGGCCAAAUUUACCAUUACAUAUUCAAGAAAAUGUAAUUGAUAAAAUGGAUUCAAAAAGUAGAUGUCGAUUUGCACAAUGUUCAAAAGAUUCCGAAAAAGAAGCCAAAAGAUCCAAAAAUUAUUUGUAUAAAAUUGGUGUGACAGAAGAACAUUGUUGUCAUUUGGAAUUACAAUUUGCAUUCAGCGAGAAUUCAGAAAUCGAUUUUUGGUUGCAUAUUAUGCCAGAUUUUCAAGAUCAAACAAUCAUUGUUUAUAAAACUGGAAAACAUGGUGAAGAAAUUGUGAAAUGGACGAAACUGGAGAAUGGUGAAGCCGAAAAAAUUCGAUUGAAAUAUUUGAAGGAAUAUCUUGGAAGAUAUGGCAAAAUCAUCAAAUCCUUCUAUUUUCAUGUCAGUUUUUUCUCAUUUUCAAAUGUUUUUUUUUCAAAUUCAAUAGUUUUUCAGGGUGAUACAGAUUUAUUGGACGAGUUGAAUAUUAAAAAUUCAAAAAAUCUGGAGCGAAUUCAUAUCAAGAACAAUUAUGAUAAUGAAGAAGAUUAUGUGGAGAAUGGAAAUUUGGAUUGGGAUUUGGUAAGUAAGAUUAUUUUGGAAUUUUCUGAUAUAAAAAAUCAAUAUAUUUUUUGCAGGUUUUGAGAUGCAAGCAUGUUAUUCUUGAAAAUGAUGCUAUUUUACCAUUCGAAAAACUUCUCGAAUUGGAUAUCGAAACAGGAAGAUUGAGAUGUGAUGAAUUGGCAGAAGAAGAUAAUUUCAAAAAUUAUUUGAAUAUGCUGAAAAAUGGACAAAUUCACAGGAAUUUGAAGGAAAUUCGAUUCCUUUCCACAGCUCAGAGAAGAUUGAGCUUCCAUGGAUUUAGGCCAUUUUUCAAAAUCGAGGAGAAUCGAACGAGCCAAAAAUUUAGUUUUCGAUCGAAUGUCAAGGAAAAUCAAAUUAUUGAAGUUUUCCAGCAAUUUGGAGACGAUGAAUUUUAUAUUCAUAUUAAAUUUGUUGAAAAUUUUGAAGUAUAGGUAGUCAUUUUUGUCUUCAACAAUAAAUUUUUACUGUUUUUUUCCAAAAUUGUAUUAAAACUUAUAUGUUCCGUAUUUCAUACAAUUAUUUGAUGAUUAUGUUUUUUUUCCAAAUAUCUCUUUUUUUUCAGAUUUUAAAAAUGUUACCGGUUAAAAGACUUCGGGCAAGUAGACCUCCAAAAAUCACUUGGAUUGAUAUUCCUUCUAAAAUUCGAGAAAUUAUUAUCGAUAAAAUGGAUGCGAAAAGUCGCUGUUUAUUUUCAAGAUGCUCAAAAAUAUGCAAUGAAGAAGCCAAAAAAUCGAAAUUCUAUAUUUAUGGAUUGGCAGUUUGUGAUGAUGUUAACAGUAAGAAAAGUGACGGACCAAUUCUGAAAAUUAUGUUUGACGAAUCUGGAAAGGGAUUUUGGUUCGAUUUUUUAUAUUCCGAGACAAAUAAUUUGAUCGUGGCUUACAGAUGGUAAGAGAAGCUUUUUGAAAGCUUAGUGAAAACAUUCGAUAAUUUUAUUUCAGCUACAAAAAGGGAAAAAAGAAAACAAUGUGGACAGUUUCUGAAAGUGGAUUUCAUGAUAAGGCUCUUCUAAGAUAUGUGAUUUUUUAUUUGGAAAAAUACCAAGAACAAGUUCAAUUUUUCAGAUUUAGUGUGAGUUUUUAUUUGUUUUUUGACUUUACAGUAAUCUUUUUUGUUUCAGUGUAAUGAAAAAGUGAAAUUCACAUUGAUGCAUUUGAAAAAUCUGAAGAAACUUGAAAUCAAUAAUGCACCUAAAGAAUGGACAGGAUUAAAUAACAUUUCAUUGUUAUAUAGGCAUAAGGUUAGUAUUUGGGUCGAUUUUGAAAUUUAAAAUUGUCUUGAAUUAUUUCCAGCUCCUGAAAAUUGACACAAUUAAGUUAACGAAUGUCAAAUUCACUUCAAAUGAUUUAUUCGAUUUCAAAGGAAAUAACGCUCAUGUUGUUAUUUGUGAUUUCGACGGAAAUAAUUUCAAAAAAUAUUUGAAAAUGUUGAAAGAUGGCGAGAUUUCGAUUAACUCCAUUGAAAUUGUCACAACUCUCUUGAAAUAUAAGGAUUUUAAAACAAUUGGAAAAGAUAUCGAUAUAUUAUAUUAUACCGAAUAUAAAGAGGCGAUGAUUUUUUCAUUUCAAUUUGUUUCCGAAGAUAGACAAUAUUCUGUGAUUUAUGGAAAUCGAGGAUUAAAAAUUGAAAGUGAGUUGUUUUUUUUUUUUGCUCUUGAAAUAUAACAGUAUAUUUUUAAGCAAUCAAAGUGUUCAAAAAGUUGGAUCAAUUUGCUUUUUGGUCAAAAUUACCAUUACAUAUUAAAGAAAAUGUAAUUGAUAAAAUGGAUUCAAAAAGUAGAUGUCGAUUUGCACAAUGUUCAAAAGAUUCCGAAACAGCAGCUAAAAGAUCCAAGAAUUAUCUAUAUGAAAUUGAAGUUAACAGAAAUGGUGAUUGGUAUUUGGAGUUGCGAUUUGGAUUCAGCGAGAAUUCAGAGAAAGAUUUUUGGUUGGAAUUCAUGGAUGAAUAUGAAGAUGACAAUCAAACAAUUGUUGUUUAUAAAACAGGCAAAACUGGAGAAGAAAAUAUGAAAUGGACGAAAAUUGAGGAUGGAAAACCAGAAGAUAUUCUAAUGAAAUAUUUCGAUGAAUAUCUAGCGAAAUAUGCUAAUAUUGUCAAGAGCUUCAGCUAUAAGGUUAGUUUAUUUUUUAACAAAAAAAGUUCCCAAAGAAUACCGUAGUUGAGAGUUAAUUAAAUUCAUAAAUUUUCAGGAUUUUUAUAGAUCGUUGAGCGAUUUCAAUAUCAACAGAUUCGAAAAUCUUGAGAAAAUUGAUAUCAAUGACUAUAGUGUUAGUCCUUAUAUGAAACCAGCCUAUUAUUUGAAAAAUGGAAUUUUGAAUUGGAAAACGGUGAGAAAUGAAAAACUUUUAUAUAAAUAUUAUUUAAAAUAAAACUAAAUUUUUUAAAGAUCAGUUCAUGCAAACAUGUGUUUCUUUACAAUAAUGCUGAUUUAUCAUUCAAACAAUUUCUUGAAUUGGACCUCGAAACUGGAGAUAUUCAAUGUGAUGAAUUGAGCAGAGGAAACCAUCUCGAAAAGUAUAUGGAGAUGCUUAUAAACGGAAAAGUUCACAGAAAUUUGAAAUCACUUAAAUUUUAUCUUUCAAAUGAUAUUAGCUUCGAAUUCGACGAUUUUGAUUAUAUUUCAAAAACCGAAAGCGAUUACGAUUCCGAGCUAACUUAUAAAUAUCGAUUAAAUUUCAAAGAAAAUUGGAUUAUUGAAAUUCUUCGAAAAAAUGGAGAUGAACAAGGUCGCAUUUCUAUCAAAUGUUAUGAUGAAUCUAAGUAA